CACUCAGUCAGAAAAGGUUGAGAGAGGGUCUCAGCAAGAGAAGGGUAAUAAAAAGGUGAUUGUUUGAACGAGAGAGACUGUGUAAACAAAGGGAACUGGGUGGGGGUUGGGUUCUUGGGGACUCUUAUCACCUGUCUUCAACACACCGCUCCUGCAGCACUAUAGGACUCCUGGAUGGAGAGGCAGCAGGGAGAGGUAAAGGCAGAUCGCCUGGAGCGCCUAGACCCACUCUGUGACUCAGAGAGAGAGAUGAUCAAGGACACCUGGGCCAAAGUCUACCAGAACUGUGAUGAUGUCGGGGUGGCCAUUCUCAUCAGGCUCUUUGUGAACUUCCCCUCCUCCAAGCAGUACUUUAGCCAGUUCCAACAAGUGGAGGACCCUGAGGAGCUGGAGAGGAGUGCCCAGCUCAGGAAGCACUCACGCAGGGUGAUGAACGCCAUCAACACCCUGGUGGAGAACCUCCAUGACGGGGACAAGAUGGUGUCUGUUCUGAAGCUGCUGGGCAAGGCCCAUGCACUCAGACACAAGGUGGAGCCUGUCUACUUCAAGAUCCUGUGUGGGGUGAUUCUGGAGGUGCUGGUUGAAGACUUUCCUGAUUACAUCACUCCAGAGGUGGCAGGGGCAUGGACCAAACUGCUGGAUGCCGUCUACUGGCACGUGAAAGGUGUGUAUGAGGAGGUGGGCUGGGCCUCCAGCUCUGUUGUGUGAACCAUCUGUCUGUCUGGGUCAAAGUAACCGUCAGUGACUACUGUGGACUCCCGGAGACUGACUACUACUGGACCUUGGCUUAGGAGGAGGACGAUCUACGUCUGACCAUUCAAGGGAAGAAAUGUAUCUUUCCAGAGCUCAUAGAAUCUUCCUAUGUAUCAUCAUGGCUCCCUCCCUGUAUCUUUCCCAUGCCCCACUGUGGGGUGUGUUCUUCUGAUGGACUCUCUUAUGAAUGAUGGGGUGGUGGUUUGUGCUGACUUUGGUUGGAAUGUGUGUGAAUGGCCAUAUGUGUGUAUGCGUUUAUGUUUGAGGUAGAGCAUAAGCCCUACACAGACUGAUAGAAUCGUGGAUGUCUCUUCAGGUACAUUGCCAUGAGAUUAUGUUGAAGAUUGAGGAUGGGCAGACAUAAGAACUGUAUUAUGUCAUAGAGACAGUCUAAACGUACACUCUCAUACACAUGUUUUUAUCUUUACACCAAAAACAGAUAUACAGGGGAGAGUAUGUCUUCUGCUAAUCACUCAGUUGUUAACCUGGGUUGUGCCUUUCUUUAUCCCUGACACUGACAUCAAGACCUUUGUUCAUUUCAUGUGAUGCUUUGCUGGUGUUUCCUGGGCAGUAUAUUGUAUUUCAGAAUCAGUCACCCUUCAGAAUCAGAUCCACUUCACUGUCUCACAAAAUGAGAAAUAACUUGUGAGGUGUGGUGUCCACAUUUAAGCAAUGUAAAUGUUUUUUUUAAUCAAUGCCUGUAUCUGCAUAAUAACAUAAUAAACCAAAACAAUGAUUAUAUCUAUAAUGAAAUCAUGACAUGCAUAUUAUUCUUAAUCCCUUGUUUUUCACUGUGAGGUAUUAGCACUCUCUUUCCUGCUGUGGCCUACUCCCUGUGAGUCAGCAGUCCUAACGAUAGGUGGAUUAGCAGGAGGCCUAAAGUUAUUUAUACCUCCCAUUUCACCAGACACUCAGAGAGAGUUGCUCAGUUCUGAAUCCAGCCACCUCUCCCUGCACAUCAUUGAUUGUUGUGGGAACACAAGUGCACACGUUGCCUUUCACACCAGCAUCAAUAAAGACUUGUGUACCGUAUGUGCUCCCCCAUACCAACCUACUGUAUAUAGAUAUCAUUACACAAUAGAAGGUGCAGUAACAAUACAUUAGUAUAAUGAGUCUGGAUUACUUAAUGACUUCUAUGAAGGUGCAAUAGAACUACUAGUGAUAUGUUAUUUACAUAUAUGCCGAAUCUGAUACUGAAAACAAUGACAUUGUCACGUUCCUGACCUAUUUCUGUUAGUUUGUUGUAUGUGUUAGUUGGUCAGGACGUGAG